AUGUCGCUCUUCAGAAUUGGAGGGGCUACUGGCCUCCGUGCAAGCCGUCUUCUUGUCCCUGCCAAUGCCCGCUUUGCCUCGAAUGUCACCCAGGGUACUCCUGCUGUCAAGACCGGCACCUCAGAUGCUCCCACUGCCACCCACAGCGGUAGCUCCUUGAUCAACAAGGAGAACCCCUCUGAGGCAAUGGCUCGUCACCAGCCCGAUUAUGAGGCCACAAUUGACCACGCAACUUCACAAUUCUCACCAGUUCCCAAGCGUGUUAUGGAUGGUAGUGAGCCUGGUGACACUCUGGCUGCUGCUGUUCUAUCUGGCGCCCCAACCGACCUUCAGGCCCGAACUGUCAGGAUCUUCCGCCCCACAAAGGCCGCGACUCAAUCUGGUACCUGGCACCAACACCACUGGCGUAUGGAUUGGGAUAUCUUGCAGAAGGGUCACCGCUGGGAGAACCCAUUGAUGGGAUGGCAGUCUUCUGCGGACGCAAUGCAGGGAACCAACCUCAAGUUCAAGUCAAAGGAGGAUGCCAUUGCUUUUGCUCAGAAGCAAGGUUAUGAAUACUUCGUUCAAGAGCCUAAUGAGCGCCGCUUCGUUCCUAAGGCCUAUGCGAACAACUUUGUGCACGAGCCUAAGAAGCUCAAGCACAUCAAGACUAAAUGA